AUGGCCAAAAGUAUGUGGACACCUGCUCGUCGUACAUCUCAUUCCAAAAUCAUGGUCAUUAAUAUGGAGUUGGUCGUCCCUCCUUCGCUGCAAUAACAGCCUCCACUCUUCUGGGAAGGCUUUCCACUAGAUGUUGGUACUUUACUCCGGGAACUUGCUUCCAUCAGCCACAAGAGCAUUAGUGAGAUCUCAACAAACCAUUUCUGUAUGAACCUCGCUGUGUGUACUAGUGCAUUAUCAUGCUGAAACAAGAAAGGGCCCCCAAACUUUUGCCACAAAGUUGGACACAUAGAAUCGUCUAGAAUGUCAUUGUAUGCUGUAGCGUUAAGAUUUCCCUUCACUGGAACUAAGGGGCCUAGCCCGAACCAUGAAAAACAGCCCCAGACCAUUAUUCCUACUCCACCAAACUUUACAGUUGGCACUAUGCAUUUGGACAGGUAACGUUUUCCUGGCAUCCAUCUAACCCAGAUCCGUCCGUCGGACUGCCAGAUGGUGAAGCAUGAUUCAUCACUCCAGAGAAGACAUUUCCACUGCUCCAGGAGUCCAUUGGUGGCUAGCUUUACACCACUCCAGCUGACGCUUGGCAUUGCACAUGGUAAUCUUAGACUUGUGUGCGCGGCUGCUCUGCUAUGGAAACCCAUUUCAUGAAGUUCUUGUGCUGAUGUUGCUUCCAGGGGCAGUUUGGAACACAGUAGUGAGUGUUGCAACCGAGGACAGACGAUUUUUACAUGCUUCAGCACUCGGUGGUCCCACUCUGUGAGCUUGUGUGGCCUGAUGUAAAAAGGGCUUUAUAAAUACAUUUGAUUGUGGCCUACCACUUCACUGAGCCUUUGUCACUUCACAAUAACAGUGCUUACAGUUGACCGGAGCAGCUUUACCAGGGCAGACAUUUGAUGAAUUGACUUGUUGGAAAGGUGGCAUCCUAUGAUGGUGCCACGUUGAUGGUGCCAAGUCACUGAGUAUUUCAGUAUCGGCCACUCUACUGACAAUGUUUGUCUAUGGAGAUUACUGUGUGCUCCAUUUUAUACACCUGUCAGCAACGGGUGUCGGUGAAACAGCCGAAUCCACUCAUUUGAAGUGGUUGUGUAGUUUUUGGUAGUUUUAAGAGUAAUAGAGACAGCAGAACUUCAUGCUACUGAGACAUUUUACAAGACAAGGCUGAAACUUCUCGGCUAGCCUACUUCCUUAACUGUGUGUAUGGGGCGGGUACCUGUCCUGAGCGAACGGGACAGCAGACCGCAUGAGACCGCACCACACACCACAGAAAAAAAGAGAGAAGAGGUUUCAAACGUAUCAAGUCAGGGUCAUGAUAAACACGGCAGAGUAUGGCAACACGUCGUGGGAGCUGUCAGUCCAGGUAGACCAGAGAGAUGGAGACGAGGGCAUGAGGUUUAAACUCCGAGUCAAGGGAGACCUGCACAUUGGAGGACUCAUGCUCAAACUGGUGGAGAAGAUCAAGGCCCCUCAGGACUGGUCAGACCAUGCUCUGUGGUGGGAGCAGAGGAGCUGUUGGCUGCUGAAGACCCACUGGACCCUGGACAAGUACGGUGUCCAGGCAGACGCUGACCUGCGAUACACUCCUCAGCACAAACCCCUGUGCCUGCAGCUGCCCAACAUGAAGACGGUCAAGCUCACCGUCAGCUACUCUGCCGUCGUCUUCAAGACCGUCGUAAAGAUCUGCAGAGCACUCAACAUCAGGAGGCCAGAGGAGCUGUCCCUGCUGAAGCCUCCAGAUAACCCGCCAAAGAAGAAGAAGAAGAUGAAGAAAGACAAGAACCCAGCGCUGGAAGACAUCUUAGAUAUGGACAUCUUCAAUGGAGGCUCUGGGAGAACGGGCAGUCCCUUGUACAGUAAGACCAUGGUGCCCACCUAUGACCCAGAGAAUGGGACUCCAGCCUCGGCCACCAGCUUAUGGUUUGGGGACAACCCCCUGACCUCCAGCCAGCCCAACCUGCCCCCUGUAGAGCUGGCCAAGAUGUACCAGCAGUUGUCCAUGGUGGACAAAGCCAUCAUCAACGCAGGGUGGCUGGACUCCUCCCGCUCCUUGAUGGAACAGGGCAUCGGAGAACAUGACAGACUGCAGCUACGCUUCAAAUACCACUGCUUCUUCGACCUCAACCCAAAGUAUGAUGCUGUGAGGAUAACCCAGCUGUAUGAGCAGGCUCGCUGGUCCAUCCUACUGGAGGAGAUCAACUGCACUGAGGAGGAGAUGCUCAUGUUCGCCUCCUUACAGUAUCACAUAUGUAAGAUGACCAUUUCCACGGAACCUCUGGACUUCUCCAAUGAACCGGAGGUAGAUGAAGUAGAGGCUGCCUUAUCCAAUCUAGAGGUCACACUUGGAGGAAAAACAGACAGAAUAUUGGAAGACAUCACAGACGUUCCAAAGCUGGCAGACUCCCUUAAGCUGUUCAGGCCUAAAAGGCUGGCAUUGCGUUCAUAUAAGGAGUACUGGUUCGUGUUUAAAGACACCACCAUCUCCUACUACAAGAACAAAGAGACAGCCAGCGGAGAGCCGAUAGAACAGCUGCAUCUCCGAGGAUGUGAGGUGGUCCCUGACGUCAAUGUGACGGACAAGAAGUUUGGCAUCAAACUGCUGCUCCCAGUGGCUGAUGGGAUGAACGAGGUCUACAUCCGCUGUGACAACGAGACGCAGUAUGCCAAGUGGAAGGCAGCGUGUACUCUGGCCUCCAAGGGCAAGACCAUGGCUUACAGCUCCUACAGGUCGGAGGUAAAGAACAUCCAGUCGUUCCUGCAGAUGAAGAGUCUGGCGCCCCCCCCUGGUCAGUCUGCUCCAGACCUGGAUGCCAUGGAGAUGAACGCUGAGUGCUUUGUCUCUCCUAGAUACACCAAGAGGUACAAGACCAAACAGCUGACAGCGAGGAUCCUGGAGGCCCAUCAGAACAUUGCCAGUCUCUCUCUCAAUGAAGCUAAAAUGCGCUUCAUCCAUGCCUGGCAGUCCCUGGCUGAGUUUGGUAUCAAAUACUACAUUGUCAGGUUCAGAGGCAGUAAGAAGGAUGAGCUGAUGGGUAUCUCCUAUAACCGUCUGAUCCGUAUUGACAUGUCCACUGGCCUGCCUGUCACCACCUGGAGAUUCGCCAACAUGAAACAGUGGAAUGUCAACUGGGAGAUCAGACAGGUGGCCAUAGAGUUUGACCAGAAUGUGUCGAUAGCCUUCUCCUGUGUGAGCUGUGACUGUAAGGUGGUCCAUGAGUACAUAGGAGGAUACAUCUUCCUCUCAACACGCUCCAAAGACCAGAACGAGACACUGGAUGAGGAACUCUUCCACAAACUCACUGGAGGGCAGGAAUGAACCCUGGACAUCAACUUUCACUUAGUGCUGCUGGCAAGAAAUCAUUUAAAUGCAUUGUUGAUAUGGUUUUGCAGACUACAUCAAUUAUUUGUUCAUAUUGUAAAUUGCAGAGAAAAGUAGAAUGUCGUUGUCACUAUAUUUAGUCCCGAGACCAUCUCUACAGGAUGGGUAGACCAUCUCUACAAGGCCACAAAGCUGUCGGCCUGGCCUACUGCUUUGAUUGCAUGGUCCAUCUGCAGAGACAGCAAUUAAUUCAGCACAUGAGCUAUACAUCUUGUCACUUGUUUGAUUUGGUGAAGCCCAGUCUUUGAAUUCAAUGUUGUCGGCUACUUUCACAAUCAAUAUACGUUCAUUGCCUUGUUUUAUACAUAUUACUUGUUUGAUGUUUUAGAAUGUAACUUUUUUGCAAUUUUAUUACAAGUCCAAAAUACACUGCUCAAAAAAAUAAAGGGAACACUAAAAUAACACAUCCUAGAGCUGAAUGAAUGAAAUAUUCUUAUUAAAUCGUUUUUUCUUUACAUAGUUGAAUGUGCUGACAAUAAAAUCACACAAAAAUUAUCAAUGGCAAUCAAAUUUAUCAACCCAUGGAGGUCUGGAUUUGGAGUCACACUCAAAAUUAAAGUGGAAAACCACACUACAGGCUGAUCCAACUUUAAUGUAAUGUCCUUAAAACAAGUCAAAAUGAGGCUCAGUAGUGUGUGUGGCCUCCACGUGCCUGUAUGACCUCCCUACAAUGCCUGGGCAUGCUCCUGGUGAGGUGGUGGAUGGUCUCCUGAGGGAUCUCCUCCCAGACCUGGACUAAAGCAUCCGCCAACUCCUGGACAGUCUGUGGUGCAACGUGGCGUUGGUGGAUGGAGCGAGACAUGAUGUCCCAGAUGUGCUCAAUUUGAUUCAGGUCUGGGGAACGGGCGGGCCAGUCCAUAGCAUCAAUGCCUUCCUCUUGCAGGAACUGCUGACACACUCCAGCCACAUGAGGUCUAGCAUUGUCUUGCAGUAGGAGGAACCCAGGGCCAAUCACACCAGCAUAUGGUCUCACAAGGGGUCUGAGGAUCUCAUCUCGGUACCUAAUGGCAGUCAGGCUACCUCUGGCGAGCACAUGGAGGGCUGUGCGGCACCCCAAAGAAAUGCCACCCCACACCAUGACUGACCCACCGCCAAACCGGUCAUGCUGGAGGAUGUUGCAGGCAGCAGAACGUUCUCCACGGCGUCUUCAGACCAUCACGUCUGUCACGUUCUCAGUGUGAACCUGCUUUCAUCUGUGAAGAGCACAGGGCGCCGGUGGAGAAUUUGCCAAUCUUGAUGUUCUCUGGCAAAUGCCAAACGUCCUGCACAGUGUUGGGCUGUAAGCACAACCCCCACCUGUGGACGUCAGACCCUCAUACCACCCUCAUGGAGUCUGUUUCUGACUGUUUGAGCAGACAUAUGCACAUUUGUGGCCUGCUGGAGGUCAUUUUUCAGGGCUCUGGCAGUGCUCCUCCUUGCACAAAGGCGGAGGUAGCGGUCCUGCUGCUGGGUUGUUGCCCUCCUACGGCCUCCUCCACGUCUCCUGAUGUACUGGCCUGUCUCCUGGUAGUGCCUCCAUGCUCUGGACACUAUGCUGACAGACACAGCAAACCUUCUUGCCACAUCUCGCAUUGAUGUGUCAUCCUGGAUGAGCUGCACUACCUGAGCCACUUGUGCGGGUUGUAGACUCCGUCUCAUGCUACCACUAGAGUGAAAGCACCGCCAGCAUUCAAAAGUGACCAAAACAUCAGCCAGGAAGCAUAGGAACUGAGAAGUGGUCUGUGGUCCCCACCUGCAGAACCACUCCUUUAUUGGGGGUGUCUUGCUAAAUGCCUAUAAUUUCCACCUGUUGUCUAAAUUUAUUGUCAAUCAGUGUUGCUUCCUAAGUGGACAGUUUGAUUUCACAGAAGUGUGAUUGACUUGGAGUUACAUUGUGUUGUUUAAAAGUGUUCCUUUUAUUUUUUUGAGCAGUGUAUAUUUCAGAGAGUUCUGGUGGUGGGUUAUCGUGUUGAAGGAGACAUUUGUUUUCAGAGAGAAAUUUCUGCUGACUGAGAUGCACUGAAAUAAAUUUGACAAACGUG